ACACUGAAAUCGUUCUCCUCCCUUUGCAGGAGGGUAUGGAAGGCCUCCUCCAGGUGCUGGUGGGUCUGCUCAGCUCAGACGACCUCAACAUGCUCACCUGCUCCACAGGCAUCCUGUCCAACCUCACAUGCAACAACGCCCACAACAAGACUCAGGUCACCCAGGGCAACGGCGUCGAGGCGCUGAUCCACGCCAUUCUGCGCGCCGGAGAGAAGGAGGAUGUGGUCGAGCCUGCCGUAUGCGCCCUGCGCCACCUGACAUCACGCCACCAGCAGGCGGAGAUGGCGCAGCACGCCGUGAGGCAGCACUACGGCAUCCCCGCCAUCGUCAAGCUGCUCAACCAGCCCUACUACUGGCCCGUCAUCAAGGCUGUGGUCGGCCUGAUCCGAAACCUGGCCCUGUGCCCAGAGAACCAGGCCCCUCUGAGGGACGCUGGAGCCAUCCCCCGCCUGGUCAACCUGCUGCUCAAAGCCCACCAGGACGCCCAGAAACACGGCUCCUCCACCCAGCAGACAUACCAGGAUGGUGUGAGGAUGGAGGAGAUUGUGGAGGGAUCCACAGGAGCUCUGCACAUCCUGGCCAGAGACCCCAUCAACAGAGCGGAGAUCGCCAACCUGCAGACCAUUCCUCUGUUUGUUCAGCUCCUCUACUCUCCAGUGGACAACGUGAAGCGCGUGGCAGCGGGGGUGCUGUGCGAGCUGGCCCUGGACAAACAGUCGGCAGAGCUGAUCGACAGCGAGGGGGCGUCGGCUCCGCUGAUGGACCUGCUGCACUCCAACAACGAGGGCAUCGCUACUUACGCAGCAGCUGUGCUCUUCCGCAUCUCAGAGGACAAGAACUCAGACUACAAGAAGCGAGUGUCGGUGGAGCUCACACACUCCCUGUUCAAACUCGACCCCCAAGCAUGGGAGUUGGCCCACAACAGCCUCCCCAUGGAUGGACCCUAUUCAGAAGAAAUGGAUCCUAAUUUUGCAUCCUACGAAGCGUACCCAGGGGACAUGCACAUGGACAGAAUGGAGGGAGUGAUGAUGCCGGACGAGUUCAAUAUCCCCUACGAAAGAACGGACCCUUAUUAAAGGUCA